GCAGAUUUUCAGCCCACAACAAAUAAUAAAUAUGCAUAUGCAAGUCUGAGCCUAUUCUAACAUUUAUUACGACAUUCUUAUUCAUAUGAAGUAUUUUGUAACAUGGUUGAGUAACUUUUCAAAAAGACAAUACUGAAUAUUUUGGUGGUGGUAAACAAAAACCAGCAACCCCUCUCCUUCCUUUCCCACUACUAAUACAAACUUUAGCAUCACAGAAACUCUUGGGAAGCUUUAAAAAUAACCCACUUUGUCUCAUUUAGAUUAGGAUCUGGGGUGAGGAGGCUUUUUAAAAGCUCUCCUGUAGUGAUUUUAAUGUGCAUGGUAGUAAGGUGGGACCGAAUGAACUAGAAUUUAUUAGAUAAUAAUGAUUUCUCUUAUUUAGGGAAAGCGUAGUGAGAUUUGGCCUUUUACAUUUUACAGAAAACUAAAUAAAAGUCUUAAGAAACACGGCAGGCCCGGGGCACUUCCUUCAGUGUUAUCCUUAUUUACUGGAGGGCGUCAUGUUAGCCAAUCCCCUUGUCUAGUUCUUAAGCAAUUAGAUAAGAGCCUCCUUUUUCCCUCUAUGUCCUUGUAUAUCAAUCUGCUAGUGGUAGAACCCUUUGAAUUAUCUGCUUUCCCGAAGAGGGAGUUUGAGAGUUUUGACAUGGAGUAAGGGAGUUUUUAAAAAGGAUUACAACAAAUUCGAAAAAAUUUUAAAGCAUGUAACCAAGAAAUUUCUUGAUUUAAGAACCGUCUUAUCCCCGUUUUAAGGACGAAUAUCGACAGCUGAGGUCAAACUCAAGUCUAUGGAAUAUUAACGUAACUAGGUAAUGUAGAAAACUGUAAUUACACGAGACGUCCUUGGAGGUGUCGUUUUGAAAGAUGUCUGCUUAAUGACACUAGCCAUCCUUUUAGGAUCCAGAACAACCCGCAGGUUUCCUCUGGCCUUGGGGCAUGUACGACGCAGGUCGGACGAGCCUCCGCCUCGGUUCCCUUAGCCUGCAGUCACUCGAGCUGCAGUCAAAAUAAGGAUCCUCCCACAAUACCGCUCAAAACCAACCUGACGAGCUAGUCCGAAUUCGCUCGAGGGCAACUCGCCCUCCGGUGCCUCCCAGGAUCUCCUUUUCACCUCUUCUCAUUUUCCCUUCCGGGUCGGUCCUGCCGAUGUUCCGGUCUUGCGCGCUAGGCCCGGAACGCGAGCGCCGCGGCACCGUUGCCAUGGUAGCGAGCCGCCCGAAGUUAGCUGGUCUAGCCCGCUAAAUAGGGUCGGUCGGUGUCCAGUUGCCCGACUGGGACUUCGUAGAGCCAGGCCGCCGGGACUACAGUAUGUGCUGAGACGGCUACGGCGGCGGCGGCGGCUGCUGCCGGAGGAGGUCGACUGUGGGGAGAGGCGCGAGACACUGGUCCGGGACCCUAAGACGUCUGGUUUGGGGAGCGAGCGGGACCGACGUGUUCUUGGGUCCCAGGGCCUGAUGUAUGGGCUACUGCGGUGUUGCGGGAACCUCACACUUGGAGGCAGCAUGUGUGGGGACCCAACCCGUGAUGGAUAGGUGACACGUAGUGAAGGAAUCUUAAGUCUUAUUGUUGAUGGGAGUGACCAAGACAUCAAUCAGGGGUCUUUUUAAAGUUCUGGAGAGGGCUGGAGCCCCACAUCCUGCUGCCGAGCCGGCAGAGUACCCAAAGACAAGGAGGGUCUGUGGAAGAGAUUCCUACUUUUUCCAUGUAUCUAUUUUUAAAGCACGGGUUAGUGUGGAAAUACGUUAUCCAGCUUGAAAAAAUAAAAGUAUGCAUGUUUAACUCUUUUUUAAUUUCUUUGAAGAAGCCGGGCUUGAAAAUGGAGAUGUAUGAAACUCUUGGAAAAGUGGGAGAGGGAAGUUACGGAACAGUCAUGAAGUGUAAACAUAAGGAUACUGGGCAGAUAGUGGCCAUUAAGAUAUUUUAUGAGAAACCAGAAAAAUCUGUCAACAAAAUUGCAGCGAGAGAAAUAAAGUUUCUAAAGCAAUUUCGUCAUGAAAACCUGGUCAAUCUGAUUGAAGUUUUUAGACAGAAAAAGAAAAUCCAUUUGGUGUUUGAAUUUAUUGACCACACAGUAUUAGAUGAGUUACAACAUUAUUGUCAUGGACUAGAGAGUAAACGACUUAGAAGAUACCUCUUCCAGAUCCUUCGAGCAAUUGAGUAUCUUCACAAUAAUAAUAUCAUUCAUCGAGAUAUAAAACCUGAAAAUAUUUUAGUUUCCCAGUCAGGUAUUAUUAAGCUCUGUGAUUUUGGUUUUGCACAGACACUAGCAGCUCCUGGGGACAUUUAUACAGACUACGUGGCUACACGCUGGUACAGAGCUCCAGAAUUAGUACUAAAAGAUACCUCUUAUGGAAAACCUGUAGAUAUAUGGGCUUUGGGCUGUAUGAUAAUUGAGAUGGCCACUGGAAAUCCCUAUCUUCCUGGCAGCUCUGAUUUGGAUUUACUUCAUAAAAUCAUUUUAAAAGUAGGCAAUUUGACACCUCAUUUGCAGAAUAUCUUUUCCAAGAGUCCCAUUUUUGCUGGGGUGGUUCUUCCUCAAGUUCAGCACCCCAAAAAUGCAAGAAAAAAAUACCCACAGUUAAAAGGAUUAUUGGCAGAUAUAGUUCAUGCUUGUUUACAAAUUGAACCUACUGAGAGGAUAUCGUCUACUGAUCUUUUGCACCAUGAGUAUUUUACUAGAGAUGGAUUUAUUGAAAAAUUCUUACCAGAACUAAGGGCUAAAUUACUACAAGAAGCAAAGGUCAAUUCAUUUGUAAAGCCAAAAGAGAAUUCUAAAGAAAAUGAACUUAUGAAAGGUGAAAGAAAAACCAUUUAUACCAAUACAGUCCUAAGUACGUCAGUUCUGGGAAAGGAAAUGGGAAAAGAGAAAAAGCCCAAGAAGAUCAAAGUCAGAGUUAUUAAGGUCAAAGGGGGAAAAGGAGAUAUUGUAGAACCAAAAAAGAUAGACUGUGAACGUGGACAUUGUCAACAGGAUAAAACUGAAAAUGCUCAUACUAUAUCUCAAGAUAUGAAACCUGCAAUCAACGAACCACCAAAUUCUGUCAAUGCCAGGACUAAUUCUAACGGCAUGAAAGAUGAUCCACGUGCUGGAGGUAGUACGAUGAUGCCACCCAUUAAACUAACUAGCAGUAAUUUGAUGGCUUCAAAUCCCAAUUCAAAUCUCUUCCACUCCAAUUCAAGGUUAACUGAAAGAGCAAAAAAGAGACGUACUUCUUCACAAUCUAUUGGGCAAGUUAUGUCUAACAGCAGGCAAGAGGAUACAAAUCCCACUCAAAGCCAAAUGGAGAAGAGUGUAUUUAAUGAGCGAACAGGUCAAAGUGACCAAAUGGCAAAUGGAAACAAAAGGAAGAUGAAUUUUUCCAGAUCUCACAGGAAGGAAUUCCAUUUCCCAGAACUGCCUUUCACAGUACAGUCAAAGGAGAUGAAAGGAAUGGAAGCUGAAGAAUUCUGGAUUAUCCUUCAAGAUGUAGUUCAGGCAUUGGCUUCUACGGAAAUAACUUCCCAAGCUGCCUCAAGCAGGAAACGAGGUCAUCCCUCUUCUGUACAUAUUUAAUAAAUGAUUUAUUCACCUGUUGGACUUCCUGUCUUUUCCUGCUGGAGCAUACACUCAGUGGACUGUGUUUCAUGUCCGUUUGGGUUUUCUCUGCCUUCCUGCACAUCUUCCCA